GAUGCUCCAGCCUGGCCUUGGGCGCUUCCAGGGAUGGGGCAGCCACAGCUCCUCUGGGCAGCCGUGCCAGGGCCUGCCCACCCUCACAGCGGAGGAUUCCUUCCCUGAACCCCAUCCGCCGCUCUCUCUGGCGGCUCACCGCUGCCCUGCGGAGCUCGGCCGCCGCUCCGGGCCGGGCCGGGCCGUUGCCCCGGAGGCGGAAGCGGCGGCGGAAGCUCGGGAGCGUUUCCGUGUCCGGGCGCGGUGCCCUUGGAGCGGACAUGGCGCUGGCGCUGCUGCGGCCGCGGCCCCGCGGGGCCGCCCUGGGGUGCGGGACCCUCGGAUCGUGCGGGACUCUGGUGGCUCAUGGACCCCUGAGAGUGCGGGACCCUGGUGGCUCCGGGACCUCGGAGGGUGCGGGACCCUUGGAUGGUGCGAGGUUCCGGAGGGUGCGGGACCCUCGGAUGAUGCGGGACCAUGGUGGCUCACGGACCCCGGAGAGUGCGGGGUUCUCACGCCGCGCCCCCGCUGUCCCGCAGCUCUGCUCGGCUCGGCCCUGCUCCGCCGCCCCGCCGCGCUCGGUGCCGCCGCCGCCCGCUGCGCUCCGGCCCGCGACAGCCACGGCCCGCAUCGCCAGGGACACGGCGGUUCCAAGGCUGCAUCUCUGCACUGGACAGGGGAGCGAGCGGUCAGUGUGCUGCUGCUGGGGCUGCUCCCCGCAGCCUACCUGUGCCCUGGACCGGCCGUGGACUAUUCCCUGGCUGCAGCCCUCACCCUGCACGGCCACUGGGGUCUGGGCCAGGUAAUCACUGAUUAUGUGCACGGAGAUGUCCCCAUUAAAGUGGCCAACACGGGGCUGUACAUCCUGUCUGCCCUGACCUUCGCUGGCCUCUGCCACUUCAACUACCACGACGUGGGCAUCUGCAAGGCUGUGGCCAUGCUCUGGAGCCUCUGAGGAGCCCCAGCCCCGACACACACGAUUGUCCUCUGCUGCCUCUGCUUCAUCAGCUUGUGAGCAACAUCCUGCACCACAAAGGAACAGCCAAGGGUCCCCAGUGAGCCUGCAGGGGGCUCAGAGCUAGUUUAGAAUAUAUAGAGAAAAAGCAGGUUUAAAUGCAGAUUGAGCUGGAAAAUGUCCAGUGAGGGUGAGUGGAUUCAAGCUGCGCUGUAAAUUGGGAUGAAUGAGUUACAGCAGUGGCAGACCUGCAUAGCUAAAGGGAACUCUCCUUGUAAUACCAGCUUUAAUGAGUGUUUUUGUAACUGUUGGUUGGUUUCCUGUUCUGUAAAACAAGCUUGGCUUGUGAAAAACUGAACUGCUUCUUCUGACAUCAGUGUGUAAGGCAGACCCUGUAACUCUUUGGACCCUGGGAGCUGAUGUAGAAAAGGGAAUACUUUUUUCUUAAUCCAUGCAAUAAAGAAUUUACAGAAA